ACCAACCUCGCUCUUGCCACGACCACAACCUAGAGCUUUCACUCUUAUCCAUCCUCUCAUGCACUGCCUUCAAACCCUCUGAAAUUCGGAAAACCCCGAGGAAUCCUUCGUCCCUCGACUCCUCCUCUUCCUGCGACUUCGAUGGACAAUCCAAAGGCGGUCGGCGGAAAGUUAAACGAAGACACGCGUCCUUCCAAACUUCGCCCUAGACACUCUUCGCUGUUCACCAAAGAAAAUGCAAUCGAACGUUUGAUCACGGUCGAGCUCAAUCGCCCAGACUCGUGUGCACUCUCGAAGGAAGGGAGGGGGCUACGGCGUAUGUAAAGAGAUGCAGGGAGACGGCCUCUCGAUAUGCAUCCCGCUGCACAUAUGAAGCGCACUUUAUGAACACCUGAAGCCGACUCGCUUUCGUAUCCUGGUUCUCGCUCACAGGCGAAGGGCGAGAGGACAUCAUAUCGAGACUCUUCGGGACUUUUACAGGCUAGUUUCCCAUCCCUCAGGGCGAUAUCGAGAGAAGGGUGUCGUUCGAUUCUGAAGGUCAGCUACCAGGUAUAGCAACGUUUCCCAUUCAACGAAUUCUUCACUCAAUUAUGUCCUAAGACUGAUUCUGGGGAUGGAUCGAUGACGAUGUCCUUGCUUCGAGUCACGGCAGCGAUGUUCCGUACAUCUCUUGCACCUGGAGACAUCCUCUAUUUUCCACACUGGGAGAAAUCGAGCUUGCGCAGCUGAACCUUUCAAUGAUACCUGAUGAUCGAGAGCGGAGAGUUUGCACGUGACGCAAAGCGGAACCUUCUCAAUUACCUUCAUCGCCGUGCUUCUUCUGCGCAACGUUUUCGUCGCCAUAUGGGACUAUAUCAUUGGGAGCGUUGAUCCAGGCCUAUCCCCAGUCUCGGCGGCCUGCGCUUCGUCCACUCCUUCACAUUUCCGGGCCCUCGCGACAAUCGUAGCAUUUUGGAAUGCAGAACCUGUCCCUUAACGAAUCAUCUGCUGCGCUCCGGGUUAGGAGGGAGUCCCCCACAUCCACGCCGGUACACGAUAUCACCUUGCAACUCAAGGCCCAGCUCGUAUCCUUCGAGCCAUGUCUUCGCUGCCUCUCCACUAUUCAUAGACUAAUCGUGAUCUCUUGUCCACGGUUGCUCGGAAGCAUAAGUCGCCCUUCCCGUUCGGAGUCUUCAGAGCUUGAAGCACGCCCUGGUGCGCAUCCGCCGAUGGGGGCUCAGACUUUUCCUGUGAAUGAAUUGUCACACAAGACCCACUCCUACUCAAUCUCUAUUGUGCCGUGGCCGGAUCGAGCGGAGCGUCCAUACAGUGUCGUGGCAGGCAUAUCGAAGCAUUCUCCAGGCGCGCCUUCCGAUACGUACCUGCUAUGCCUUGACACAGGCUCCGCGACGAGACUUCGCCGGUUUCGAAACGAGGAACGCGCUCUCAGAGACAGUAUCCCUCAAGCUCGUGGGAAUGAUAUUCCCAGCAUGGAGAACGUGCACUGUGAUGCGAUGGAUGCUCUCGGGUUGUUUGUGACAAGUCGGCCACGGAAUGGCGAGCAAUCAAGUACUUCGCAUGCUAAAUGCGGAUGCGGGAAUGGUUGGUUGCCACUGUGCGAUAGAGGAAGCCUUGGAGGGGAGGGUCAUUUACUCUCUUUCUCGUUCCAUGGCAUGCGGUUUGAUUGCUUCCGGGCUUGAUCAACUCUUCUCGGUCCAAUGAAAACGUCUUUUGCCUAAUCAUCGCCGGGCGACUGACCGGAGUUGUGCCGGACGAAAUCGUUGAUGCGGGCUCGACGAAAGAUUCUCAUUGGGACCACUGAGACGUAGAAAACGCUAGGGUCGAGCUCAAGACGUGACAGAACUGGAUUUCACAUUGACAGGACUACGAGAUAUCAAGAACUCGGCGAUAUCUUUACACGAACGAGUGACCAGAGUUAUCAUUCGUGGACUUUUCCAUCUCAAACAUAGCGGAUGGUGACCGAAUCGCUGGACGCGCUGACGGAGGUGAGGACGCUGUUCUGCUCAAUGUCAAG